AUGAUCGCUCUACAGCUCACCAUCCGAGCGUUAACGCUCCUCAUCUCCGCCACAACACUCUACAUUAUCAUCAGGAUCGUAUACAACAUCUACUUCCACCCUCUCCGCGAGUAUCCCGGCCCUCUUGCAUGGCGGGCCACCCGCCUCACCUGGGUCUUGGCCCUCCAACGCGGCUACCUCCACCGCGACCUGCUGGCCCUGCACGAAAAGUACGGACCCAUUGUGCGGGUCGCACCCGACGAAGUCUCGUACGUGGAACCCCGCGCCUGGAAGGACAUCUACAUUGGUAAACUUAGUGGGUCUGCGCGGCUCGGCCACACACGCGCCCCCAUAGAGCGCAACGGGAUCUGGUUCCGCAAACAACGCGCGGAUGAUCCCGAGGCGAUCAUGUCGAGCAAUGAGGAAGCGCACGCGCGGUUCCGUCGCGCGUUCAUGGGUGCGUUCAACGAGAAGGCAGUGCGGGACCAAGCGCCGUUGAUUGAGAAGUAUGUUGCGUUGAUGGUGCGGAAGUUCCGCGCCAUGGCCGAUGAUGAAUCCAGGGGCAAUGGCGUCGCGGUCGUGGACAUCGUGUCGUGGUUGAAUUUUGUGACGUUCGAUAUCUCGGCGGACUUGUCAUUCGGAGAGUCCUUCGGGAGUACGGAGGAGGGUAGACCGCAUCCUUGGGUGGAGAUUGCCUGUCGGUUCGGCCAGGGGAUUGCAUUGGUGGCGAGUCUGAAUUACUUCGCGCCGCUGCAGAAGGUACUGCGGUAUACGAUGCCGAGGGCUGUCCGAGAGAAGAUGGUCUACCAUCGCGAGUUGAGCACGCGGAAGGUGAGACAGCGGUUACAGCUGGAGGGCGAGAGGGCGGAUUUCGUCCAGGCUGUCCUGAACUAUAACGCUGAUCGGGAGAAGAGUGAGGACGAGAAGGUGACGCCGCAGGAGCUGGAGCUGAACAUGAGUAUUUUUGUGUUUGCGGGGAGCGAGACGAGCAGCACGGCCAUGGCGUCGGUGUUGUUUGGACUGCUGAACUCGCCCCGGGCAAUGGCGCGGGUGACGGCCGACAUCCGAUCUGCGUUCCAGCACGAGGAGGACAUUGAUGUCGCCAGCGUGGGUGGGCUGGAGUAUCUGACUGCUGUGAUUAAUGAAGGUUUGCGUCUGGGACCACCCAGUGCUAUCACUGUCCCUCGAAUUGUGCCGGCAUCUGGGGAGGAGAUCUGUGGUCGAUGGGUGCCAGGAGGAACAUUGGUCACGGUCAAUCAGUACCCUGCGUUCCGCUCCGCCGCGAAUUUCAGCAACCCCAACGAAUAUAUUCCGGAGCGCUUCCUCCCUGCAGAAACCCCUAGUCCCACUGAUAAUUUGGCUGCCUUCAAUCCCUUCCUUGUUGGGCGACAUAUGUGCAUAGGGCAGAAGUUCGCCUGGGCAGAGAUGCGGCUAAUAUUGGCGAGAUUGUUGUACGCAUUUGACAUAACCUGGGAGGUUGCGCCGAGGAUCAAGGACUGGGGUGAACAGCAGACCUUCAUCUUCUGGCAAAAGGAUCCGCUGUUGAUUCGUCUGAAGCCCCGGUGA